AUGUCUGAGUACAUCGGUGCUCGCAUAUCGCUCAUCUCGAAGAGCGACAUCCGGUAUGUCGGCACGCUCGUCAACAUCAACUCAGAACAAUCGACCGUCUCGCUCGACAAUGUGCGAUCAUUCGGCACUGAGGGUCGUCGUGGCGGCGCCGAAGAGUUCGGGCCUUCAGACGCGGUCUACGAGCAAAUUGUGUUCCGUGGUAGCGACGUGAAGGACCUGCGCAUCGAGGAGACGCCCAAAGAGGAGCCUGCCAUGCCACAAGACCCCGCCAUCAUCGGAGCUACUCAGCGGCAAGAAGGCUCUCAGCCUGAUCAGCGUCCACAGCCACCAAACCAGAACUUCCCUCCUCCCCCUCCAGGCCAGUUCCCUCCAGGUGGUUACCCACCUUUUGGACACCCGCCACCGCCGUACGGUAAUAGGUUCGGACCCCCAGGUGGCUUUCCUGGCGGUCCGCCAGGGCCAUUUCCUCCAGGAGGCCCAGGAGGAUUCGGCAUGCCGGGCCCGUAUGGUUAUGGAGUGCCACCACCAGGAUGGCAGGGCCCUCCAGGCCAGUUCAAUGGGCCUCCCGGGCCUUUCCCUGGACAAGGCCCCAUUGGCCCACCUGGGCAGCCAGGACCUCAACAGAAUCAGAACCAGAACCAGCCUCCGUCUGGCCCCAAGGGCGCGUCGUCUGGUCCUCCCGUAAACAGGGACGAGAAGCCGAAUGCUCAACCCAAGGUUGCGGAGGCGGAUGGUGCCACGAAGCCUACACAGCAGAAACCCAACGCAAAAGCUUCAGAAGCUACUUCUGCACCCACUGCUGCAGCGAAGCAGCCUCCGCCUCCUCCUGUUGACUCAAAACCACCCGUUGCCGCUGCCCUGGCUCCACCUACACAGGCCGCUGGAGCACCAAAGGCUGCCCCAACUGGACCCAAGAGCGGCCGCAUCGCCCCUGCCGUGCCUCUUGUCAGCCCUGGUCAGAGGAACGUUGCGCCCCAAGCUCAACCUGUCGCCGCCGCUGCCGCAGUACAACCUGGUCAGUCAAGUGCUAACCCCGCUCAAAACUACCACAACGCCACUCAGGCUGCGACUGCUGCCGUAGCAGCAGCUAUGGCGAAACUCGAGGUUGGGAAGGCUCCGGCACAACCUGGAGCGCAGCCCAUGAACGCGAAUCUCCAGCAGCGGAUAGAUGAUAUGCGAGAUGAGCAGGCUCGAAGGGGCGGGCCUGGUCACCGUGGAGGCAGCCGAGGAGGUCGCGGUGGCCGAGGUGGUGCUCAUCAUGCGAAGCUGGACAUUCCAACGACAGACUUCGAUUUCGCAUCCGCCAACGCCAAAUUCAACAAGAUGGAUUCAGUCAAGGAGGCCAUUGCGACAGGCUCACCACUUGGUGAGGGCGUGACUUCUGCUCCCACCGCUGAAGUUGCGACGAACGGCCACGCUGCUGAACCCAGCAAUGACAACGUCGUCAUUCCUCCUGCGGCGUACAACAAGUCAUCAAGCUUCUUCGACAACAUCUCGAGCGAACUCAAGGACCGUGAGGACUCAGCUACCAAUCGUGGCCAGCAGUUCAGGACGCAAGAGAGGGCCAAGAAUAUGGAAACCUUCGGCCAAGGCAGUGUCGAUGGCUACCGGGGCGGAUACCGUGGUCGCGGACGUGGUCGAGGCAGGGGACGCGGCCGUGGCUUCGGUGGUGGCUUCCGAGGCGGUCGCGGUGCUCCUCGCGGCGGCCAGUUCGGUGAACAGCAGGCUUAG